GGAACAUCUGUAUGGGAACCUGACUGAACAUCAGACUCUUCAUAUGGUUAUGGAUAACCUCAACUCCACCCACUUCCCCACCAACCAAUCAGACUUCAAUAGCACCUUCACCGGCCAGGUGCUCCCUCCGCUCUAUUUUGUGACCUGCAUCGUGGGCAUGUGCCUGAAUGGUGUGGCAGCAUGGAUCUUCUUCAGAGUGCCGAGUGACUCAGGUCUCGUGGUCUACCUGAAGAACAUGGUAGUGGCCGACCUCCUCAUGCUGACCACUUUCCCCUUCAGGCUGGCGGCUCAGCUGGGUCUGGGCGGCUGGCGCAUCCAUGUCAUCAUUUGCCGCUACACCGCCGUGCUCUUCUACUCCUCCAUGUACGUGGGGAUCCUCUUCAUGGGCCUCAUCAGCCUCGAGCGCUACGUCAAGAUCGUCCGACACACCUCCUCCUCCACCUGCAGGUCCAGGUUAGGCGGGGUGUCUGCGCUGCACCUCCUGCAGAGUGUCGGCUUCGCCCGGGUGCUGGCUUUCUUCACCUGGAGCCUGCUCCUCCUCUGCGUCCUGCCCAACGUCCUGCUGACCAGCCAGUUGGCUACUGAGGUGAACUCUCGGCACUGCAUGGAGCUGAAGACACCUCUGGGUGUGCAGUGGCACCGGAUAUCUACCCUCUUCAGUGUGUCCCUGUUCUGGGUGACGUUGCUGGUCCUCGCCUUCUGCUACGCCUCCAUUGCCCACAGGGUUUACCAGUCGUACCGCCGUGUGCGCCGCAAUAGCAGCGAAGCCUGCCGCAAGUCCAACCGCAGCAUCUUCAGCAUCCUGGCGGUGUUCUUCAUCUGCUUUGUGCCAUAUCACAUCUGCCGCGUGCCGUACACGCUGAGCCAGAUGCCAGACUCGGGCUUCAGCCAGGACACCCGGUUCCUGCUGUUCCAGCUAAAGGAGGGGACACUCUUCCUGUCGGCACUCAACGUCUGCCUCGACCCCGUCAUCUACGUCCUGAUGUGCCGGAACUUCAGAGAGUCGCUACUGAGGAAACUGUCAGGGAGGGAGAGGAGGAGGUCCUUGACCACCGCCCAGAGCCUGAGUAACAUUUAGGAGGAGAGGAGAUAAGGCAAGGACAGGAGACAAGAAGAGGACACAAGGAAAGGAAGCAAAGAGAGGAGGAGAGGAGAAGAGGAAACAAGAGAGCAGGGGAUCAAUCAUUGACAAAACAGUCUAAACGGUUUGACAGCUUUCAACUGUCACCCAAUCUACAUCACCACAUUGAAUCAGUUGCCAUGGAAAUGCAGAUGUUCAAACUGGUCUAAGAGGUUAUUUGAGAUUGUUUUGUCCACCAGACC